AUGCUCAACAACAACUGCCCCACAUUGCCUAAACACACACACAUUGCCCCAACACAUCCCACAACAUGCCACCACAACAUGCCCAACAAACUGCCCCAAACAUUGCCUCCAACAAUGCCACCAAACAUUGCCCCAAACACUGCCACACAUUGCCUCCAACAACACUGCCCACAACUUGUCCCCCACAACUUCCACAACAUGCCCACACACUGCCACCAACAACUGCCCAACACUGCCACCACACAUUGCCUCCAACAACUGCCACCAACAACAUUGCCUCCAACACCUGCACAACAACAUUGCCCACAACACUGCCACCAACAUUGCCUCCAACAACGCUGCCACCAACAACAUUGCCUCCAACACACUGCCACCAACAACAUUGCCUCCAACACUGCCACCAACAUUGCCUCCAACAACUGCCAUCCAACAACCUGCCACCAACCCAAAAACAUGCCCCACAACCCAACAACUCCCACACGCCAAAUUGCUCCAACAUGCACCAAACAUGCCUCCAACAACACUACCCCCCGCCACAACAUUGCCCACCUCCAACAACACUGCACCCAACAUACCUGCCAACAACAGCUCCAACACAACCGCCAACAACAUUGCCUCCAACAACACUACCAUCCAACAACACUGCCUCCAAACACUGCCACCAACAACAUUGCCUCCAACAACUGCACAACAUUCCUCCAACAACACAACUUGCCUCCAACACACCCACAUCCUCCAACGCCACACAUUGCCUCACAACACUCCCCACAACAUGUACCUCCACAACCUCCAACACAUGCCCACAACAUGCACCAACACUUGCCUCCACACUACCCACCACAACAUUGCCUCCAAACACUGCCACCACACAUGCCUCCAAACAACACUUGCCUCCAACACACCACAUGCCUCCAACACUUCCCAACACACUGCCUCCAAACAACAUGCUCCACAACUGCUCCAACAACACUGCCACCAACAACACUGCCUCCAACAACACUUCAACACUGCCUCCAACAACACUGCCAACCAACAACAUGCCUCCAACAACUUCCUCCAACAACACUUCCUCCAACAACUCUGCCUCCAACAACACUGCCACCAACCACAUUGCCUCCAACAACACUUCCUCCAACAACACUGCCACCAACAACACUGCCUCCAACAACACUGCCACCUACAACACUGCCACCUACAACAUUGCCUCCAACAACAUUGCUACCAACAACACUGCCACCGACAUUGCCUCCAACAACAUUGCCUCCAACAACGCUGCCUCCAACGACCACACCAACCACAACCCCCACUACGACAACUUCCACAACCACAACCCCCACUACAACUACAACUACAACCCCCACAACCACAACCACGAGAAAAACAACAACAACAACAAAACGUCCCUUGAUCCCCAUAAACCCCCACAGGUCAGAGGUCACAGAUUCCGCUCCCCCCUUCCCUGGAGUUCUCCCUGGGGUCCACCGCACGCACUCGCAAACGGCCGUGGGGUUGGCGCAGGUCCCGUUAGGUCAAAAUGGGUCAAUCUGGGGUUCUUUCUUGCCGUCUGCCAAAGAUAAGGUGGAUGCAGGAGGUUCUGACCACCAUAUGGGGUCGGGAUAUAGUAUGCCAGGUCAUAUGGGGUCAAGUUCUGUGUCCCCAUGGCAGGCAGGGUAUGGGUUUCCGGGUCACGGGGAUGCAAAGUGGCGAGAAUCAAAGCCAAGUGAAUGCAACAGGUCGUCAGAGAGGUAACGACAGGUUUAGUGGCUGGGCGAGGG